AUGUUUGGAACGCUAGUUCACCUCGGUUUCGAUGCUAUGCUCCUGAGCGCUUUCUUGGCGGGGGUCAGGCGGACGACCGGCCUAACGCCGAAGUUAUCAGACGUGCCAAAUAAGGAUGUUCGUCAGCUGCUGCGGUCUUACUUGGAGUUUGGAGAGUAUGUUUUCGACUUCGCAGUGGUGAUAUUUGGCAGGUCGUCCUCGUUCGAGAGAAGACGUGAUUGA